CUCUGCAUUCUCAUUCGUCCAUUCAAAUGUCAAUCAACACGCCGGAACUACGAUUAACAGGACCCUCUGUGGCGCAAAAAUGGAGGAUAACGUUAAAGAUCUCAGCCGACCUCAGAUGUAUUUGUUUGGUUGCUCAUUGAAAGCUGAUAAGAAAGAGCACAGAGUUGAGGUGGAUGAGGAUGAGGCUGAACAUCAGCUGUCACUCAAGGCGGUGUGUUUGGGAGCUGAGGCGGAGGAUAAGUUCCACACCGUGGAGAUGGAGGGAUUGACUUACGACGGUAAAACGUCCAAAAUCACUCUUGCUGUACUGAAGCCGUCCGUUCUGCCUUCUCUCAGUCUGGGAGGUUUUGAGGUCACCCCUCCUGUGUCCUUUCGCCUGCAGUCUGGAGGGGGGCCGGUCUACAUCAGUGGUCAACAUUUCGUCAGUGUGAAGGAAUCAGAUGAUGAGGAUGAGGAAGAGGAGGAGAAUAAUACAUCACCAGUGAAGAGACCGUCUAACAUGACCCUUGCUAAAGUGGCUCAGAAAAAGUUGAAAAUGGACUCCGAUGAAGACGAGGAUGAGGAUAGUGAUGAAGACGAUGAUGAUGAUGAUGAUGAUGAUGAUGAUGACGAUGACAAAGAGGUAAAGGCUGUUGGAAAGAGCCCCAUCAAAACCCCUCAGAAAUCCCCAGAGAAGAAGAAGAGUGCAGAUAAGCAAAACGGCUCUCCAGACAAGAAAGCCGGGACAUCAGAGAAGCCCCAAACACAGACACCACAGAAAGUAAAAGACAAGUCUGCAGCAGGGCCUUCUGGGAAGUCUCCCAGCACUCCCACCCUCAGCGAGGUCAAAAGCAAACUUUCAUCAGCAGCUAAAGAGGGGAAGCCGCUUCCAAAGACGGAACAGAAGUUUGAGAACUACGCUAGAAGCUCUUUCAAGAUCUCUGAUAAACAAGUGAUCAAAGACCUUUGGAACUUUGUACAAUCACUAAAAAAGUAAUGGCUGCUCUGCGCUCCCCUUCCCUUCCCUUCCCGUCCCGUCCCGGUGCAGCAGAAGUCUGGGCUGAGCCAGUAACGGCACUUCAGCUGUGCGAUCUGGCCUCUUCCCGUCUUAACGCGAUCCGCCUGCUCUUCUUUAACUUUAAAGAUGGAUAGAGCAGAAGGAACCUCAGCAAUGGCACAGAUAUCAUGCUUCAUGUUUUGUUUUGUUUUAAUUAUGGAUUUUUUUUGUCAAGUCCACAGUGGUUUCUUAGAAGAACAGUUAAGGCAGUUAUAAUUUUAAAAGCAAACUAAGGGUGAAUCUCUCUACAUCUUAUCAAGAACUUGUGCAGGUCACAAAAUAGGACAUAUAAAUAAGGAAAUAUAUUUUGCAUGAAAUAAUUUAAGCCUGUUUUGGACUAAACAAAUGUUUUUCAUUUGACUUAAACCCAUUUCCCCCAGUUAUCAUAAUGCACAAA